AGAGUUCGAUUAGUGUUCAAGUAUUGGCAAUUUAAGAAGCAUCGGAAUGCUCCGAAGGGAAUGAUGUAUCGGAACGCAUAUACAGUCAUAGAGAGAGAUGCUCUGUAAGGGGAAACUUAACAUCAUUGCAUGCUGGGGAAAGAUCAAUAGUGCUUGCCUUGCAAAAGCAAUGUUGAGUUGAUUGCUGGAAAUCUGCUUUUAAACGCGGUUGAGUGGUUACACUGACAAUAGCCGCUGCAGCGGAAGAUAGGUGAAUCGUAUCUACCCGGCUGGAUUGUGCAAGGUGCUUGCUGUACACGACUAGGAAGCUGUCACAUUUUUCUGCAGCGGGACAGAUAGGUUCUAUCGGGCAAGGAAAUACACCUGUUAAGGCUUCAGUGACUUUUAUUGUGCAAAGCAGUGAUUAAUAAAAUAUUGAUUGUACAGAGGACGUAUGACAAAUUCUGCUCAUUAUUUCUCCGCGCUUAUUGUAGUUAUAAAUACCUGGCUUGCCUGUUUCAAAUGUUCACCUGGCAUUUCUUAGCUGCAUGCUGCAUUUGGGCAUGACAGGACUGGUAUCAUUUAUGACUGUAUGAAAAUUUGAACUUUUAAAGAAUUGUUUUAGUUAUUGCUUGUGAGACAAUAUAUUAAAUAUCAAAGAAGGGAAGUAAUCAUGAAGAGGUCCCUUAUAAUUAUAGGAAUCAUAUACCGUAUUUGUGAGGUAGCGAGUGUGUACCAUAGACAUCACAAGUCGUCAGGCGGAAAUGUUGAUUCUGUUGUUCCCGCUCCUAUGAUACAAAUUGAGAGUGAUGACAAAGAUGUCAUUGACUUAGACGAUACUACGUUUGACAUUGCCUUAGAACAUUACCAACAAUCCAUCGACAAAAAUGGAGAAGAUAUGCGCGAGGUUCGAAUUGAUGGUGAGGAUGCUGGAGAAGUUGGAAAUAAGUUCAAUGUUCAAAUCAACGAAGGUGACCAUGUUACACCGAUUGCGAUAUCAUCGGAAAUAAAAUUUAGCGGCGGAAGUAUUUCCUCAACUCUUAACGCUACAGAUGACGAAGAUAUGACUUCUGGCUCGGGGUCUGGAGAUUUUAUGAUAGAAGAUGCAACUGGGAAAUUCAUUAAUGCAUCUGAAGAAUCAUCUGAAGACACAAGCAGUGAAGCACCACGGGUCAUUCUACCACCGUACUGUGACGAACCUAUUAAUGUCACAUGGGCACCGUGGUCGCCAUGGAUACAGUCAGGUGACCAUGAUAUCAGGUUCAGGCGUUGCCAUGACGAAAAUAAGGUGCGAGUCAAUGAAAAUCGUUGCCAGGGAGAUUAUUUUGAACGCCGUCAAUGUUCUGAAAAGGAAGCAGAUGUAUGCCGAAUGACAGACGGAAGUGUAACGGAAAGGUUUCACGUGAGAUGUCACGGACUAGAUCUGGAUGACGUAGAUAACUCUGAUGUGUUAAGGGACCCCUAUGAUCGGAAAGAGGACUGCCAGUAUACAUUGUAUGAUAUAAAAUAUAGAAUGGCAAUCGGAAUUCCCUUGACGACUGAUGAGCUGCAGCAUGCGGACCGGAAGUUGUGGUGUUUAGCAGAAGACAAAUUUAUUCCUUUUUAUACACCGAAACAGCGUUGCCUGGACAAUUUAAAGUCGUUCUGUAAAAUGACGGAAAGUUGUAAAUACGAAAAACCAACUGAGGAAGAAAGAAGUAAACCUUUUUCUAAACAGACAUGCUGGAAGGAUUUUGUAUUGGGAGGCGUGUUACCAGCUGGAAUCCCCGUGUUCAAAAGUCAACAAAUGAUAUGUCAGCAUUUUGACAAAGAAAGCAAGUUUGGGGAAGUCUUUGGACACAAAAGUACGCACUUUGCGACACUGUACGACACACAACGCCGCUUACCGCUAGUUUCUAUGGUUACCGUGAGGUCACUUGGAGAUGAAAAAUGGCCAAACGUUCCAUUCAUGAUCGAAAGAGGUCUAGUUGAAGAGACGACCUCAUCUGUAGUGUCCUGGUUCUUCCGUAACAAGAAGAAAGGAAUAGUAAACCCGGCGGAAAUGACGUCACAAUGUAAUAUUCCUACCUGUCAGUUUGGCAGAAAGCAGGCGCUUCCCUCCGACUUUGACUACAGCGGUUAUAAAAUGAUGCCAUUGCUGCCUCCAGAUUUGAUUGGCUGGGAUCUAGGCCAAAAGGUUUCUACAUUUAGUAUGACUAACGUUGUGCCACUGGAACCAACCGUAUAUUCAGUUUGGAAAAGAAAUCUUCAAAUGGUAAGAAAAUUUGCCAUAGAAACAUGCAAAAUACCUGUUGAACUGCCAUAUCAAGAUUAUAAACAACAUAGAAGGGACGGUCACGACCUACCAGAACUGUACCUAUUAUCUGGUACAGUCGCGCCGUUAAACCACAUGGAAGUAAUCGGAAAUGACGUCAUCGUUCCGGAAAUUGUUUGGAUGGCAGCAUGUUGUGCGCAUGGUGCGGAUGUUUCAUCGUUUGGUAUCUAUUCUUACAACCAGUAUGGCCAAAUACCAGCGAUAGUGUCCAUCGAAAACCUCCACGUUCUUCUACAGUCCAUGUAUUAUGACAAUGUGGACAAAAUUAAAAUAGAUCUGUUCCCAGCUUUUGAUAGUCUUUGCAGUUACCCAGGAAAUGACAUCUCGUUCGAUUUAGUCAUCACUUAAAAUAGAAGAAGUGCAAUAUCUUUAACUUUCACGGUUGUGUUUUUUUUCUGUCAUGUUUUGAUUGGAUAGUGAUUUUGCUUAAGUUUAUUUUACUACACAGCUACCGAAAGCAUGAGUGACUAGUCUAUAUGAUAGUUUGUGUGAAAAUUUGUCUGUAAGACCUCACACUGCUUAUUUCAUUGACUGUAUGUACCGUCCUGAAAUGUUUAUUUAUCAUAUUUAUGCAAGUCAGUAAAAUUUGUUUCAAAUGUAAAACAAGCUCGUACUGUUUACCAGGCUUUUAGGAUAUUCUAAUUUGUUUUACGCCAUUGGGACUACCCUACCGUUCUGGUUUACUGUUCUUUUGAUAUUAUAUGCUUCAGAAAAGAAAAGCGAGAUUACACAAGGUAAAAGAUUUGUACAGAUCUUGACGAUAAGAAAUAAUUUUCACAUGAAAAAUGUAACAUGCAGGAAACGUUCAUAGGUCAUUGUGCCAUACAUGUGUUAAACUGCUAUUUUUCCAUAUCACUCAUAAAAGUUCUGAUUCCUUGUAUUUGUAUUAUUUUUUAUUAUUUCUGCUACAUUUUCAAUUAUGUAAUACAUAAAGCGGAUAAAUUAUGAAAUUUCGAUAAACUGGAAAAAGUUCAUCCCCUGUGACCACCAUCAAAAUAAAAUUGUUUACACUG